AUGGGUAUAUACAUAAGAUUGUGGAGAAUGUUCAAGCUGUGCUUUGUUUUCUUUCUGGGCUUUAUGGUCAUUUUAGAAACUGGGGUUCAAGCUUGGAGCAAAGAGGGCCAUGUUAUGGUAUGCCAAAUCGCACAGGGUCUUCUCGGACCGGAUGCAGCGCACGCUGUUCAGAUGUUGUUGCCGGACUAUGUCAAUGGAAAUUUAUCGGCUCUCUGUGUUUGGCCUGACCAAAUUCGGCACUGGUACAAGUACCGGUGGACAAGCCCACUUCACUUCAUUGACACUCCUGAUGAAGCUUGUAACUUUCAUUACAAAAGGGAUUGCCAUGAUCCUCAUGGAUUGAAGGACAUGUGUGUUGCUGGUGCCAUCCAAAACUUUACCACUCAACUUUCACAUUACAGAGAGGGAACUUCUGAUCGUCGACAUAACAUGACCGAGGCCUUGUUAUUUGUGUCACACUUCAUGGGUGACAUUCAUCAGCCAUUGCAUGUUGGAUUCACAAGUGAUGAAGGUGGAAACAGCAUUGAGUUGCGCUGGUUUACGCAUAAAUCUAAUUUGCACCAUGUUUGGGACAGAGAGAUAAUUCUGACGGCUGCUAAAGAUUACUAUGGAAAGGACAUGGACCUCCUUCGACAAGACAUCGAGGCGAACUUCACUGAUGGACUCUGGCGCGAAGAUGUUACAUCCUGGACGGACUGUAGUGAUAUGUUUACUUGCGUCAACAAGUGGGCAGUGGAGAGUAUAAACAUAGCUUGCCAUUGGGGUUACAAAGAUGUUGAGUCUGGUGAAACUCUGGAUGAUGAUUACUUCAAUUCGAGGCUACCGAUUGUCAUGAAACGGAUUGCUCAGGGUGGAGUCCGACUAGCCAUGAUACUUAACCGGGUUUUUGGCGAUUCGGAGGAAGAUGUGGAAGCAGCUAGUACUUGAUUAACUAACUGGCCAACACAAACAAUACACCAUGUCGAUUUCAUUUUGCUAACCGUGAUGUACAAAUCAUUCCUGUAUCAGCUUAAUCGGAUAACCAAUUUAUCUCAACGAAUCGCAUUUUCUUAGAAAGAAAAGGUCGGUCCACUUUGUUCACAACGAAUAUGAUAUAAUGAUUAUAACAGUUAUUUGUAACGUCCUCUCAAAUGAUGUGGAUCUCAUGC